GGUGUGAGUGGGCGCCCGCAGAGGCGCUGAGAGAGAAGGCGGUAAAUCUCGGGACUCCGAGGCCGUCCCAGAAAUGAUUCACGAACUGCUCUUAGCGCUGAGUGGGUACCCAGGGUCCAUUUUCACCUGGAAGCGGAGUGGCCUGCAGGUUUCCCAGGACUUCCCAUUUCUUCACCCCAGUGAAACUAGUGUCCUGAAUCGACUCUGCCGGCUUGGCACAGACUACAUUCGAUUCACGGAGUUCAUUGAACAGUACACAGGCCAUGUGCAGCAACAGGUGGGAUGCUGUUCUCUGGAUAUGUGCUUCUACAGGGAUCACCAUCCAUCCCAGCAGGGCCAAGGCGGGCUCCAUGGAAUCUACCUGAGGGCCUUCUGCACAGGGCUGGAUUCAGUUUUGCAGCCUUAUCGCCAAGCCCUGCUUGACCUGGAACAAGAGUUCCUGGCUGACCCACAUCUCUCCAUAUCACAUGUCAAUUACUCUUUAGAUCAGUUCCAGCUCCUUUUCCCCUCUGUGAUGGUUGUAGUGGAACAAAUUAAAAGCCAAAAGAUUCAUGGCUGUCAGAUCCUGGAAACAGUUUACAAGCAUAGCUGUGGGGGUUUGCCUCCAGUUAGAAGUGCAUUGGAAAAAAUCCUGGCUGUCUGCCAUGGAGUCAUGUAUAAACAGCUCUCAGCCUGGAUGCUACAUGGACUUCUUUUGGACCAGCAUGAAGAGUUCUUUAUAAAACAGGGUCCGUCUUCUGGUAAUAUCAGUGCCCAAGCGGAAGAGGAUGAAGAGGAUUUGGGUAUUGGAGGACUGACGGGAAAACAGUUGCGAGAACUGCAGGACCUGCGCCUAAUUGAGGAAGAGAACAUGCUGGCCCCGUCUCUGAAGCAGUUUUCCCUGCGGAUGGAGAUUUUACCAUCCUACAUUCCAGUGAGGGUUGCUGAAAAAAUCCUCUUUGUUGGAGAAUCUGUUCAGAUGUUCGAGAAUCAAAAUGUGAACCUGACGAGGAAAGGCUCCAUCUUGAAGAACCAGGAGGACACUUUUGCUGCAGAACUGCAUCGGCUCAAGCAGCAGCCUCUCUUCAGCCUUGUGGAUUUUGAGCAGGUGGUGGAUCGAAUUCGCAGCACCGUGGCUGAGCACCUCUGGAAGCUAAUGGUCGAGGAGUCAGACUUACUGGGUCAGCUGAAGAUCAUUAAAGACUUUUACCUUCUGGGACGAGGAGAACUGUUCCAGGCCUUCAUUGACACAGCUCAACACAUGUUAAAAACACCACCCACUGCAGUGACAGAGCAUGAUGUAAACGUGGCCUUUCAACAGUCAGCACACAAGGUGCUGCUAGAUGACGACAACCUUCUCCCUCUGUUACACUUGACAAUCGAGUAUCAUGGGAAGGACCAUAAAGCAGAUGCCACCCAGCCAAAAGAAGGGCAUUCUCGGGAAACGUCCCCUCGGGAAGCCCCUGCUUCCGGCUGGGCAGCUCUAGGUCUCUCCUACAAAGUACAGUGGCCACUACAUAUUCUCUUCACCCCAGCCGUCUUAGAAAAGUACAAUGUUGUUUUCAAGUACUUACUGAGUGUGCGCCGUGUCCAGGCUGAACUACAGCACUGCUGGGCUCUUCAGAUGCAGCGCAAGCACCUCAAAUCUAACCAGACAGAUGCAGUCAAGUGGCGCCUAAGAAAUCACAUGGCCUUCUUAGUAGAUAAUCUUCAGUACUAUCUCCAGGUAGAUGUGCUGGAGUCUCAGUUCUCACAGCUUCUUCAUCAGAUCAAUUCUACGCGGGACUUUGAGAGCAUCCGAUUGGCACACGAUCACUUCCUAAGCAAUCUUUUGGCACAGUCCUUUAUUUUGCUGAAACCUGUGUUUCACUGCCUGAAUGAAAUCCUAGAUCUCUGUCACAGUUUUUGUUCACUGGUCAGUCAGAACCUGGGUCCACUGGAUGAACGGGGGGCUGCCCAGCUGAGCAUUCUUGUGAAGGGCUUUAGUCGCCAGUCUUCACUCCUCUUCAAGAUUCUCUCCAGUGUUCGGAAUCACCAGAUCAAUUCAGAUUUGGCUCAGUUACUGCUCCGGCUAGAUUAUAACAAGUAUUAUACCCAGGCUGGUGGGACUCUGGGCAGUUUUGGGAUGUGAAAACUGGUUCUUAAAAUGAAGUAACCAUCAGUCCUACCACACUCUGAUGUCUGUAAUAAGCCUCCCCAGGCAUCACAAGAUGCCUGCAGACUGGUGAAAGGAUGCUACCUUUUCUUCUAGAAGCAGUCCAGAGGUGUAAGUCCUCCCUACCAUUCCUGUAGGGGAACUGGGGCCAGCUAUCUCUCAACCACUCAAAGGCUUUGUUCCUUUACACUAAGACAUCUGUUGGGUGGGUUCACUUGUGCAACAGCGGUGUAUUGAGCAUUUACUAUGUACCUAUGGACUCUUCAAGGUAUGGAAGAGUCCACAGAGAACAAUGGGAACCAAUAAAAUGUUUAGGAUUGGUUCACAUGUAAAAAAGGAAUUCUUCUUAUGUAAAGGUCAGCAUCUAGUUAUUACCACCAACUUAGAAAAGACUUUCCCUCCUCUGUACCACAUAAUUUAUAACUAUACAGACUGUCUUUAGUUUUCAGAAAUUUAAGAGCCUCCCUCCUUUAAGGAUAUUCAAAACCUGACCUCAACAAUUCAGCCAGUAGGUUCUCUAAUUGUUUCAGACUGGUAAUAGGGGGUUAGUUCUAGCUAAAGAUGACAGCGGUCAAAUUGUUCAGAUGUUAGACAGUGAAAAUUGCAAACUUCUCCCUAUGCUCAGAUAGUGAAGUCACUAAUGUUCCUAUCAGCAUAAACAAAGGAAAUACUCCAUUAACAUACCUGCCCUCCACAAUGGACAAGAGUGCAGUCUUUGGCCUGUCUGUAGUCCUGCUUGUUCUCUUCUGUACCACCCCUGUGAAAGCCUGUACUUGUCAACUACAGAGGAUCCCUUCCAUUGUUACCUCUAGAGGCAAAGCAUGGCAGACAUGGCCUACUGCUUGUUUUUAUAAAUAAAGUAUUAUUCAAACAAUCACACAUA